GUCCAAACAGUUCGACAGUGUUCGCCUCACCCACAGUCACUUUGUGGUUAUCGUCAGAAUCAGCUCUCGGCAAUGUUUUUCCGGAACUUAGUGUGGCAUCCUGUUCUCGUGAUAUGCCUCCUUGUAAUUCAGAGAGGUUUCUGCGUACCGCUGGACAAAAUCCAUACGCGAACCUCCGUGGAGAUCCAAGCGCAAGCCGUCACAGACCUGAUCGGCCGUCUUCUUCCAGGACGUGCAAAUGAAUUCGAUGUUAAGGUUGAGCCCGGCCUGCCCGGAGAAGAAAACGGAUAUUUCCAGAUCGAAAAGGUCUCGGGAAAUGCAACGGUUUUCGUUCGAGGAUCCACUGGUGUCAUGGCAGCAUGGGGAUUUCAUUACUAUUUGACUCAAUUCUGUCAUUGCCAAGUGUCGUGGGAUACAGACCAGUUGAAUUUACCCGCGGUUUUACCCGACGUCUCAGUACGGAUCACUUCUCUAGACAAGUUACGUUACUACCAGAACACUUGCACUGUCAGCUACAGUUUUGCGUGGUUCCAGUGGCCUCGCUGGGAACGUGAAAUUGAUUGGAUGGCGAUGAAUGGAAUUAAUUUACCUUUAGCAUUCACUGGACAAGAAAUCAUUUGGCAGCGGGUAUAUUUGGGACUAGGCCUCGUACAAGCAGACCUUGAUGAGCAUUUUUCGGGCCCGGCUUUCUUUGCUUGGCAACGAAUGGGAAAUUUUCGAGGAUGGGGCGGACCUUUAAGCGAUAAUUGGCACCAGGCGACUCUUGCCCUUCAGCACAAGAUAUUAGAGCGAAUGCGAGCCUUUGGAAUGAUUCCUGUUCUUCCAGCAUUUGCUGGCCAUGUUCCACGUGCCAUGGAAAGGGUUUAUCCUAACACAAGUUACACAUACCUCACACCUUGGGUAACUUUUGAGGACCAAUACUGCUGCCCAUUGUUUGUCCAGCCCACCGAACCCCUAUUUACCGAAAUUGGCACAAGAUUUAUUCAAGAGAUGAUUGCCGAAUUCGGCACGGAUCACGUAUAUAACUGCGACGUUUUCAACGAGGUACCACCUACACAGUCUGAUCCCGAUUUUGUGUCUUCAGUCGGAGCUUCAGUUUACAGUGCCAUGGCAACCACGGAUCCUGAUGCUAUUUGGUUAAUGCAAGGGUGGCUGUUCAAGAGCGAAGCUGCAUAUUGGACACCGGAAUUGUCUAAGGCUUUACUCACUUCCGUACCCCAAGGUCGCAUGUUGGUGUUGGAUCUGCAAGCAGAAAUCAAUCCGCAAUACAUUCGGCUUGAAUCUUUCUACGGCCAACCUUUUGUGUUCUGUUUGCUGCACAACUUCGGAGGAACAUUGGGUCUUAAUGGAGCUAUUCCUACCAUAUCUGAUCGAGUCAUUGACGCCAGAAAUUUUCCCAAUUCGACGAUGGUAGGAACUGGUUUGACCAUGGAAGGCAUUAACCAAAACUAUAUUGUAUACGAUAAAAUGCUUGAAAUGGGGUGGAGGAAUCAAGCACCAGACCUGAACCAAUGGUACGAUGAAUAUACCGUGAGGAGGUAUGGAGUCGAUAGCUCAGCGAUUAAGUCUGCUUGGCGAAUAUUACAGACGAGCGUUUACAAUGAUACAUCAGGCCGUUCUUUCCAUGGCCAAUAUCUCUUAACCGAUCGACCAGCACUGUUUAAAUUUCCAUUUAUUUGGUAUAAUUCACGGGACGUUAUCCUGGCAUGGGAUUCUUUUAUUGCUAGUGCGCUGACCGAACCUAUGUUGUCUGAAGCUCCUAAUUUUCGUCACGAUGUUAUAGAUGUGACGAGGCAAUCAAUGUCGGAAAUUUUCAGCCAACUCUACGGUCGUCUGUUGGUAACCUAUUGUGACAAGAAUGUCACUGCUCUUGGAGAGGUUGCACGCCACAUGAUUGAUUUGUUACAAGAUCUGGACAAUCUACUCCAAACUGGACCAAAAUUCCUAUUAGGCAAAUGGAUCUCCGAUGCCAAAUCUUGGGGAGUGACUGAAGGGGAAAUCCUACAAUACGAAUGGAAUGCUCGAAAUCAAAUCACUCUUUGGGGUCCGCGAGGCGAGAUAUUGGAUUACGCAACAAAACAAUGGGCCGGUGUCGUAGCUGAUUAUUACAAGCCUCGAUGGGAAGUUUUUAUUCGAGAACUUGAAAUUACCAUCGAAGAAAACAGACGGUUUAACAGUACAGCUUACCAAUCGAUGGUCUUCAAUGCUGUAGAGAAGCCGUUUACGUUCAGCACAAAAAUUUAUCCGGUUGUAGAAACAGGUGACCCGAUUGUAACGGCGGCGAUCCUUUACGACAAAUGGAGGAAUAUUUAUCAGCUCGAUAACGAUAACCCAAUCACUGACUGUGUGGCACUCGAGGAAACAAAAGAUGAUAGGGGAGACGAAGAAAAACGUUUUUUUUAUCUUGUAGAAAAUUCUGAAAUGUAGUAGAAAUUUACCACUUCCAUCUCCCGAAAAGAAAAAGAAUUACGCAACUUGCAUUUGCACAUCAAUUGUUGAAGUGUAUGUCUGUAAAGAAAAAAUUGUAAGAGGCCUCUAAACAGUAUUGGCGUUCUUUUUACUUCAUAUCUAUGCAUACAGUGUACUAUUGAUUAUUCUUCUUUACAACCAAUUGGCAAAAAUAUAGAAUUGUUCAGGUUUC